AUGCGCUUCUCAGCUUACUCCACCGCGAGCGUGUUGGCCGCUUUGGCCUCUGCUCAAACCUUCACGGAUUGCAACCCUAUGGAAAAGACUUGUGCCAACGACCCUGCCAUGCCUCAGACCUGGGAGACCGACUUCACUGCUGGCAAGGAUGCUAUCAAGGGCUGGAAGCAGACUGCAGGUGACCUCACCUAUGGACCUGAGGGAGCCGCGUUUACCGUGGCCAAGAAGGGCGAUGCGCCCACUAUUGGCUCUGAAGGAUAUCUCCAUUUCGGUUACGUCGAGGUUGUCAUGAAGGCCGCCCCUGGUACCGGCAUCGUUUCAUCUAUCGUUCUCCAGUCCGACAACUUGGAUGAGGUCGAUUGGGAAUGGAUUGGAGGCGUCGACAGCCGUGUGCAGAUGAAUUACUUUGGCAAGGGUAACACAACAACUUACGACCGCAUGAUCGAAGCCGAUGUUGCCAACAACCAAAAAGAGUUCCACAAAUACGCCCUCAACUGGACCUCAUCAGCCCUAACCUGGAUCAUCGACGACAAGCCCAUCCGCACCCUCAACUUCGCCGACGCAAACGGCGGCAAGAACUUCCCACAAACCCCUUGCAAUGUCCGCCUUGGCAACUGGCCCGGCGGCGACUCCAAAGACGAAGGAACCCGCCAAUGGGCCGGCGGCAACGUAACCUAUGAGAACGCUCCCUUCACCAUGACUGUCAAGAGCGUAAAAGUCAUAAACUACUCCCCGGGCAAAGAAUACGAAUGGACCGACAAAACCGGUAGCUUCCAAUCCAUCAAGGUCCUCGACGCCGGCAACAAAGACGGCGCCCCCAUCAACUCCACCCCCAUCACCAAGCCCGUAAACGGCACCCAGCCCCCCCUCGAAGCCGGCGUCGACGCCCCCGCCGCAAGCGGCUCAACAGGCUCAGGCAGCGGCGCAGACAAGCAAGAACCAUGCGACUGCGGAACCGCAUACGUAACCGUCACUGCUCCUCCCCCUGGUGCUUCUACUCCUCCUGCUACCACGGCGCCUCCCGCCACCAUCACCUCGACUUUCAACGCCGUACCCAUCGAGAGCGCAAAGAGCAUCCUGUCUUCCGUCCUCCGCUCUUCUUCUGCUGGCCUCGCGAUCGAUACCAGGUCUGCACCUGGUGUACCCGUGCCUACUGCGCCAACUGGUGCGAUCCCCUUGCCUCAGACUAACGGUACGGGCACGGCGGUUGCGCCGCCGCAGUUUACCGGUGCGGCGGGCAAGGUUGCCGGUGCUGCUGGGGGGCUUGUUGGCGUUGUGUUGGGAGCGGUCGUGAUGGCUUUGUAA